AUGUCUCAAUAUUCUCGCCUCGAUACCGACGAUGACCCACAGUCACUCAGUACCCAGCCUUUGAUAGCGAAUCCAGAUGUCCUUUCCGAUCCCACGGAAAACGUGGACAGUCCCGAAGAUGGGGCUAUGACAGGCUGGAUAUGGCUCCUCACCUUGACAGCUGGUAUAAGUGGUCUGCUGUUCGGCUAUGAUACAGCUUCCAUAUCGGCUGCACUACUGCACCUUGGCCCGUCGCUCUCCACGCCGGAGAAGCCUGUAACAACGUGGGAUAAGUCCCUGAUAACGUCCUCCACAUCACUCGGUGCAUUAGUAGGUGGCUUGUUUGCUGGAUUGCUGGCAGAUCGCAUUGGGCGGAGAGGGGUCAUCUGGGUUGCAGAUGUUCUGUUCAUUCUUGGUGCCCUAUGGCAGGCUCUCGCCGGGAGUGUGGGCAGCAUGGUGAUAGGUCGGGCUGUGGUGGGCUUGGGUGUUGGUGUUGGAAGUCUGAUUGUGCCGCUAUACAUCUCCGAGCUAUCCCCUCCAUCCCACCGAGGUCGCCUGGUCGUUAUUAAUGUUUUGUUUAUCACGUUCGGGCAGCUGAUUGCUUAUGCUGUUGGUCUCAUCCUUUCCCCUCCAACGCUCUCUCAAGACCUUAGCUGGAGGUUUAUACUUGGACUCGGUGGUGUCCCUGCAUGCUUCCAGUUCGUGUUUAUGUUUUUCAUGCCAGAGACGCCGCGGUGGCUAGUGCAGCACUCUCGUCGCGAUGAAGCUGCAAGAGUUGUACGGAAGGUCUAUGGCGACCUCUCUGAAACGUCAGUUGAGAAAGUCCUCGGUGGUAUCGAACAGGGUGUUGAGACUGUGUCAAAAGAUCCCUUCAUGGCCAAGCUCAGAGCGAUCUUUGCAGUUGGGGCCAAUCGGCGUGCUCUGGCAAUAAGUUGCUUGCUCCAAGGCCUUCAACAGGCCUGCGGGUUCAAUUCUCUCAUGUACUACUCUGCCACUAUAUUUUCCCUAGUGGGGUUCAAGAACCCUACCGCUACUGCUAUGGUCGUUGCUGGAACAAAUCUGGUGUUUACUGCGUUGGCCUUCACAUUGAUUGACCGUAUCGGGAGGAGAAGGAUCUUACUUUGGUCGAUCCCGGGUAUGAUAGUGGGGCUAUUAUUGUGUGCGAUAGCUUUCCACCAUCUGCCAAUUCUGACCACCACUGCUUCAGAACCUUCACCUUCCAUAUGGACCCCACUACUUAUUAUAUUUAUGAUGACGUAUGUGGCAGCUUAUGCAAUCGGUGUCGGUGCUAUCCCGUGGGUCGUACAAUCCGAGUUCUUCCCUAUGCGUGUCAGAGGGCUCGGAACUGGUAUGGCUACAGCUACAAAUUGGGUGCUCAACUUUGUCGUUGGGGCAACUUUCCUUCCUGCUGUAGAAUGGAUGUGGGGCGGAGCUGAGGGGCUGUUUGUCGUUUAUGCACUUAGGAACAAAAAUGGGGGAAGGAGAAGACGAUAUUUGAAAGUUGAUGAAGGGCUUGUCAAGAUGUUUCCUACAACAGCAAUUAGUAUUUGA